AUGGGCUUCCCGCCGCAGUCCCCUUUCCCCGCCCAGCACGAGCGCCUCCUCCUCGAGCUGCUUCCCCUCAAGAACAGCGAUGCCUUCCGCAACUGGAUCACCAGCCCCCUCGUCCAGGGCUCGUGGCGCGAGUUCUGCCACGACUUCCUGGCGCGCAACCAGUCGACCCCUGAGGCGGACAAGGAUCUCGUCGCCAAGCAGGCCACGGAUGCCAUCCGCUCUAGGACGGCCAAGUAUGUCGCCUACCACCCGGCCAAGAACGGUUGGACGGCUGAGGACCACCAUAUUCGGUUUAUCGUGACCGUCGUCGAGGACAACCGCCUCAACGGUGGGAUCUGGACCGAUGUGGACCGGCACAGUAAACAACUUGCGAUGGCGAGGGCUGUGUAUGAGGUGCUGGGCUAUCUGAGGGUGAUGGCGGCUGUUGGGAUGGAUACAAGUCCACCGUCUUACGAUGCUUGA